GUUUACUUACUCUCUAUCCCGUCUGGCCACGUUAAGACGUCGCGAGACCUUCUCAGUAAUGACUGAGAAACGUGUUGAUGACGAACGGGUGGAUCCAGACGAAAUUUCCGAAGGGUCAACAUCGGAGGUUUGUGAGCCGAAAUGUAGAAUUGUGAUUUUCAACGUUGGCGGGACAAAAUUUCAAACUCUUCGCAAGACGCUCAAUGAAUGCGAGCGCACAAAGUUAUCGGAUGAACUGUUUCUUAACGCCCAUUAUGAUGAGGACGCACGUGAGUUUUUCUUUGAUAAGGACCCAGAGAUGUUUCGAUCCGUUUUGAACUACGUGAGAUCGGGCCAGCUCCAUCUUCCCGCUACCCUCUGUGGCCCCUUGAUUAAAGAAGAAUUGGAGUUUUGGGGGUUGAGUGAGAUUGACAUCGAGCCUUGUUGCUGGGCUGUGUACAACAACUGGACAUCAACGGUCAACGCUUUGGAACAGUUGGAGAAAGACCGGAAACAGAACGUACAGCAUGACCUUGACGACUCAGCGUCAUGGUAUACAAAGGUCAAGGCCAAGACAUGGAUCUUUCUCACAAGUCACAAUUCUUCUAUUCCGGCGCAGAUCUAUGGUUGGGUGUCUCUCCUGUUCGUCAUGGUCGCCAUCUUUUCUUUCUGCGCCGCAACUCAUCCAAUCUUCAAAGUUCCGUCCUUGCGCAGUGGCGCUAAUAGCACUUCCGGAAAUGCAUCAGAAACAGAUUUACAAAGGUUCGAAGAGAAAACGGAACGACAUCCCGUCCUCUUCCACAUCGAUAUUGUGUGUCUAACAUUCUUCACAGCCGAAUACAUCUUGCGUUUCAUCUGCGCUCCGAAAAAAUUAAAGUUUCUACUGUUUCCACUCUCCAUCCUCGACCUCCUGGCCAUACUCCCAGAUUAUAUCGAGUUCGUUGUAUAUGCAGCCAGUCCGGACUCCGUUGGAGAAACGACAUUUAUACACGUCAUGCCUCUCCUACGGCUUAUGCGUGCGUUCCGAAUCUUUCGACUGAUUCGACACGUGCCUGGCUUGUGGAUAAUGUUUUACACGCUGAAGGCGAGUUACAAAGACUUGUCGCUAAUGCUUGUCUUCCUGUUGGUCGGGAUGCUGCUGUUUUCAUCCCUAAUUUACUUCGCGGAAGAUAAAGAGGUUUUCACCAGCAUUCCGCACGGAUUUUGGUGGUCGGUUGUUACCAUGACGACAGUAGGAUAUGGGGAUAUGUACCCAUCGAGUACUUUAGGGUAUUUUGUUGGGUCGCUAACGGCAGUUUGUGGUGUUCUGCUAAUUGGGUUUACGAUCCCUGCUCUUGUUAACAAUUUUUCUCUAUAUUACCAACACGUUCAGUUUGCCAUUCAAAAAGAAAGACUUUUGAAAGAACAGAGGAAGAACGAUAAGGAGACGAGUGGUCAUAAACCGUUAUCAAAUAAUCACAGCCAUUAUAGAGACCCGGAUGUAUUUCAAGAACACCUGCCAUUGUACAGGGAAAUAGGAAAUGGUUCGAAGUCCGACAGCAAGUAACAAUUACCUCGCAUCAUAUAUACUAUUGCUUUCACUCUGACUGGGUGAGGAUAGUUUUAUGCCGCUUUUAUGCAUUCAUUAUUCAUCCCAUGAAUCACUCAGUGCUUGGUGUUCAAUUACAAAUGUAUGUGAUCACAUUGUGUUCUAAAUCUGACAGUAGAUAAUAUACAUUUUGGGGGGAGACGACGGUAUUUUAAAAAACUGUGUUGAAAUUCUUUGCUGUGAAUAUCCUUUAACCUCUCGCCGAUUUAGUAGUUAUUGAUUUUUUAAUCUGUUUACCACCUUCCAAGGCAGCCCUUGUGUAGAGCAUACAAACAGGAUAUCAUAAGUUCAUAUUUAUAAAGAUUGUUUUCACAAAGUCCUUAAAUUGUCAUGAAAUACUGAUCAAUCUAAUAUUCUGGUGUGAUCAUCAACCUUAAUCACUAUGAUCAUUCCCUAUCUGACAAAUCUCAAAUAGCAUGUGCACUGCCACACAUAUAUGGCCCUGGGGCUCCUUCCACCAAGCAACCUUAUCUAAGGUUAGCCUGAACUCCCAUUCUUUAACAUUGCACUAAGGUUACCUUAGUGACUUACGUUCACCUUAGUGCUUUGUGAAAGGAGGCCCAGGACUUCAGCAACAUAUGCCUGUCGCAGCAGGCCACUAAAGGGAUCAGGUGCUACCCUACUGCAUAGACUGACGCUCAUGAUAUCAAUCACUGGAUUGUCUGGUCCAGGCUGACGGAACGGCGUCAUAUAGUUGGAAGAUUGCAGAGUGCAAUAAACAAAGCUCACCGUGCUCACUGCAGUCAAUCAAAGACAAUCAAAGGUGAUGGGAACUCUUUUUGACUUUUGUAAAUAAUAAUCAUGUUUCAUGGAUAAUAAUAAAUACCCUCUUAAU